CCCUUGUCCUUGUUUGUUCCCAAUUCAUGCAGAAUUCAAUAAAGGUAGGGAAAAGAUAAUAAGGUAAGUUUUUAUGUCAGAUAACCUUACAUACACAGGGCAAAGUCACCACAGAGGUGAACUGCUUUGUCCACAGGGGGCGUCAUUAUUGGCACAAAGAGAGUUUCUCUCACAGGAGCUUUAAACUCUCCAAAAAUGAAUAAAACUAUAUUUCAAAGGAUUAUCGAAGAAAGGUGUAAUACACGCCAUAAAGUCAAAAUAAUCUGUUUCAGAAAUACAGAGAGGUUAUCAAAAGAAGACUUCAGGCACUUAAUAACUACUGUGCGUAAAUUUAAAUAAAAGUUUGUUUUUUUUCUGUAUGGAUGUCACCCAUUGCUUAUGUCACUGCUACAAAAGAGAGAAAAACAAACCCCUUUUAUUAAACAAAAACAAAUUCAGAGUGGUUUACACUACACUGAAACAAAUAGUGACAAAGUUUAAACUCAUAAAUAAAUUUAUCUUGACCGGGGAGUCUGGAGCGCCAGCAGUCCUCCGCUGUCUGAUGACGCUCUUCCUUCCUCUCCCACCCAGAGAAAGCUCAGAUUUACGGCAGCUCCAGCCUUGUGCUCAGUGCUACAGCCCGUGAUUACACCUCUUUAACCUAACGGGACUGCCACUGUCUUUACCGAAGAGAUUUUACACCUGAACCGGAGCUCUGGAUGAUUCGCCGCGUUAUGCGUAAAAAGGCGCACCGCUCGUCGUGACGCAGCGUCACCGUCUGUGGAUGUACAACUGUUUAAAGUCAAGUUUGGUAGCGAUAACUUUGACCCAAUGAGGAUUAUAGAUAUCAUGAGGAUUUUGUGGCUGUUUCUUUCACGAUUCCUCCACUUGUCGGAUGCUGUGAUCGACCUGACCAUGAUCUCCACAGCCGAGGUCACAAAUGUCAAUCACUUCUCCAUCUCCUGCAUCAACGGAGAGCGCAGCCCAGGCGAGGUGGUGCUGGACAUCAAGAGAGACAACAGGAUCCUGGUUUUCCCUAGAGAACCCAACUUUAAAGUUCACAAACCCAGGAACAGAGAGGCCAUAGCAAGAGGCUUCCGUGACCUGGAUAAUAUCGGCAUCUUCUACUGCAAAUCCUGUCAGGAAGUUCCCCCACUGGAGACGGUCACAAUGAUCAACAACAUUGGCAAAGCAAACUUUAUCCCAACUCACCUCACUAUGACUGCUAACAAAGGUGAGACUGUUAACCUCACCAUGCAGCUGGUCAGCUCAGAAAAAAGAGACGUGACAUGGAAGUACAACGGAAACUACUACUACAUGACUCACUGGAUAGAUAUAAUAAACCGCACUGCUGUACUGACAGUGGAGAACGCAGCUUUUUCCAAUCAGGGCAUCUACAGCGCCAGCUACGUGGGGGACAGCCCCCUCAAAGGUGCCUGGAUGAGGCUCAUUGUUAGAGACUGUCCCAGUAAGAAGUGGGGUCCUUACUGUGACAAAGACUGUCCAGACUGUCUGAACGGAGGCGUUUGUCACGAUGCUGAUGGAGACUGUAUCUGCCCUCCAGGGUUCAUGGGAACUCGCUGUGAGACAGCCUGCAGAGAAGGAAGGUUUGGACGAAACUGCCAGGAGUCAUGCGGCUCCGAGAUGAUUUGUAAGGGCCUUCGGUUCUGUUUACCUGACCCGUACGGCUGCUCCUGCGCCAGCGGCUGGUUCGGAACCCGAUGUGAGAAAGCCUGCCAUGGUGACAUGUACGGUCCAGACUGCACGCUGAGCUGUAAAUGUCAGAAUGGAGGAGUCUGUAACCGUUUCAGUGGAUGCCAGUGCCCCACUGGGUGGAGAGGACAGAACUGUGAGAGGUCUGACCGGGCUCCACAGAUCCUGGAUUUGGACAGCAUUAUGGAGUGGAAUCUGAACUCCAGCCCUAAGAUCUCCUGUUCAGCCACAGGCAACCCCCUGCCCAGCCACACCAGCAUCGAGCUGAGAAAGCUGGACAGCACAGUGAUCAAGGCUUCCCGCACCGUCAUGGACUCAAAUAAGAGCACAGCCAUGUUUGACAUCCCUCAUCUGACUGCUCAGCAAGGAGGAUUAUGGGAGUGCAGGGUGUCCACCAAUGGAGGCCAGGACUCUCGCAAGUUUACCCUCACCAUUAAAGAGCCCCCUGUGCCCACCACCGCCCCCAAACUGCUGGAAAAAAAGAGCAAACAGCUGCAGGUGAAGCCGAUGGAGUCCUACAGAGGAGACGGCCCCAUCAUCUCCAUCCGGCUCCUCUACAAGCCCGUGGAGAACGGAGACUCUUGGUCCUCCAUCAUAGUUUACAGCGCCAAAGAGCCCAUCACUCUCAUGAACCUGGAGCCAUCCACCCGUUACCGUGUCCGUGUCAAGCUGAGUCGUCCUGGGGAAGGAGGAGAGGGAGCCCUGGGGCCAGAGGCCAUCAUGGAGACUGACUGUCCUGAGCCCACAGUUCAGCCUGAGAUUGACGUCAGCUCCAUGGAGGGUCGAAACACCACGGUACGCUGGCACCUGCCCCCCAACAACGGCGUUAAUACCGCCACAGCCAGCGGCUUCUUAGUGCAGCUCACUGGGCCUCCGCCUGAAAACGAGAAACUCCAGGAAACCACACUGCUCACCGUGCUCUCCACAAAAUUCCACAACCUGGAGUACCAGAGAGACUACACCGUGGUGGUGCGGCUCAUCAACUGUGGCAGCCAGGGGCCGCCCUCCAAACCAUACACUUUCCGACUCAGCAGCCAGGGUCCAUCAUCCCCACGCAACGUCAAGGCCGUUCCUCUGUCCGUGUCCGCCAUCCAGGUGAGGUGGCAGCCCCCUGAAUACCCUAAUGGAGGCAUCAUUAAAUACACCAUAGAGUACCAGGCGGUAGGUCAGGGCAGCCCUCACCCUUGGGUGGACACAGAUGACGGAAACGAGACCUCAAGGAAUGUGACAGCGCUCAACAGCAGCACGCUGUACCAGUUCAGAGUGAGAGCUUCCUCCAAAGUGCCUGGAGAGUGGAGCCAGGUUGCACAAGCCAUGACACAAGAAGACGGCUUUCAGAGUUUAUCCCCGACCACCCAGGGUGUGGCAGGGAGGCCCCAUGGGGACAGUUACCAGCUGCUGGUGGCUGUGGUGGGAUCCGUGACAGUCACCUGUGUGACCAUCCUACUGGCGCUGUUGGCUCUUUUCUUCAUCCGCAAGACGCUGCUCAACAGGCGACGCACAUUCACCUACCAGUCAGGAUCGGGUGAAGAGACUAUUCUUCAGUUUAACUCAGGAACUCUGACCCUGACACGAAGACCCAAACCAACACCAGAACCUCUUACCUACCCAAUCCUGGAGUGGGAAGACAUCAAGUUUGAAGAUGUCAUUGGGGAGGGAAACUUUGGCCAGGUCAUCAAAGCCAUGAUCAAGAAAGAUGGCAACAAAAUGAGUGCAGCAAUCAAGAUGCUUAAAGAGUUCGCCUCAGAGAAUGACCACAGAGACUUCGCAGGGGAGCUGGAGGUGCUUUGUAAACUAGGCCAGCAUCCCAACAUCAUCAACCUGAUAGGAGCCUGUGAGAACAGAGGGUACUUGUACAUAGCCAUUGAAUACGCGCCUUAUGGAAACCUCCUCGACUUCCUGAGGAAGAGUCGAGUGCUGGAGACCGAUCCUGCCUUUGCAAAGGAGCAUGGGACAGCGUCUACCCUCACCUCCCAACAGCUGCUGCAGUUCGCUGUUGAUGUGGCAACGGGGAUGCAUUACCUGAGUGACAAGCAGUUCAUCCACAGGGAUCUGGCAGCCAGGAACGUGCUGGUAGGAGACAACCUUGUAGCCAAGAUCGCAGACUUCGGCCUAUCCCGUGGUGAGGAAGUUUAUGUCAAGAAGACAAUGGGGAGGCUGCCUGUUCGCUGGAUGGCCAUUGAGUCUCUGAACUACAGUGUGUACACGACCAAGAGUGAUGUGUGGUCUUUUGGUGUUCUCCUCUGGGAAAUUGUAAGCUUAGGUGGCACGCCUUAUUGUGGGAUGACGUGUGCUGAGCUUUAUGAAAAACUGCCACAAGGCUACAGGAUGGAGAAACCUAAAAACUGUGACGAUGAGGUCUAUGAGCUGAUGAAGCAGUGUUGGAGAGAUCGACCCUAUGAGAGACCCCCGUUUUCCCAAAUCUCUGUGCAGCUCAACAGGAUGCAGGAGGCCAGGAAGGCUUACGUGAACAUGGCUCUCUUCGAGAACUUCACCUACGCCGGGAUAGACGCCACAGCCGAGGAGGCCUGACUACCAGCCCCCCCAGACCCUAGCAUGCCACGUAGCCCAAAGAGGAGGCCUCGAGGAUGGUCACCGCGUUACAGCCACCACCCUGCCACUCAACGCCGAGACAAGAGACCGAGGCGCUCCACCAAAGUCACCCAGUUAUAAAUGGAGAACUGUGAAAGGACACUAUGUGGAUUUGAUUGGACAUGAAGAGUAUGGGAAACACUGAGCCUCCGUCUCUACAAGCCAGUCCCGGUAAAAGGAUUUGACUUCAGCUGUUGCAGAUGUUUCAGACCUUUUUUUUGUGAGUUUUGAAGGGAAGCGAUGAAUAUGGAGCUACGUGACUUGCUGAAACACCACAGGGUCUGUGGGGUAUCAAGCUGGACUUUACUCUCUCUAUUGCUCUUUAUGGAGGGGGAAAUCAUUUUAUGUAGAUAAAAUUUUAAAGACACAGUGUAGAUCACAAAAAUUCAAGAUCUCAGACUCUCAGUAAGGAUGAAAGUCAAACAUUGUAGCACUUAAAAACCAGCUGUAUUCAUACCACCUGUGUCUUUUACUGAUAGCCUAUCACUGCCAUUUGAAUGUAUCUACUACUGUAUGUAUUUGUGUUUUUAUAAAGCCUCUUAUGUGAAUGUAGCUGCAGAAUGAUAUGAAACUAACCAUGGUCGAUGCUUUGUGUUGCAUGAACAUCUUCACCACAAGAUUCAUUUGCUACUAACACAAGGCAGAUGCAAGACACUCUACCAGCUAGCAAAACUGCAACUAUGUAGACUUAUGCAAUGCAUGGUGAUGUAGCCAUGUUAUGGGAAUGUACAGUGUGUUUAUGCUAACAGGUUAUUUUUAUAAAUGUUUUCAGUGAUAGUGGAUUUAUGUCCAUAAGUAGUAGUUCCAUUUGCACAUUCAGUGACCCAGUUGAAGCUACCUUUACUGAAAUUAUUGCCUCCUAUUUUGCUACUUCAGCUUCUUCUUGGACUGAAGCACUGUGGUAUCAGGGCAGGCUCCCAUUAAACAUGCAUUUUAACAGUUAAGUAAUAGUUUGCUACUUCUAUUGCUAACUUUAAAGGCUAAACUAUAUGUGAACAUCAAUAAAACAUUUCAUACACAGUCCAUCAAAGUCUGUCGGUGAUGCAGUUUCUAGUUUUACUGGAGACGUUCAACAAAUUUAGGGGCAGUUAUGUUGCGAAGUUGUUAACCCUCAUUCCUUUGAGUGCAUGUGGACACCAAAAUGCAAUGUAUGUAAUACUGUAUAUCAACUUUAAGGGAAUGUAAAGUUUGUUUUUUAUUAACUGGGGGCUUGAAUAAAUGUUUGUGUUCCAAUCA